UGAUCUUGUUAUGAGAAGGAAGAAGAAUGGCGACUCAGGUUGAUCCACCAAACGGAGUCAAGAAUCAAGGGAAGCAUUACGUCCCUAUCAAACCUAUAAGCCGAGGAGCAUACGGUGUAGUCUGCUCAUCUGUUAACAAAGAGACUAACGAGAGAGUAGCGAUCAAGAAGAUCCACAAUGGGUUUGAGAACAAGAUCGAUGCGUUGUGAACACUUUGUGACCUCAAGCUACUAGCCUACUACGUCAUCUUCGACAUGAGAAUGUGGUUGCUCUUAAAGAUGUGAUAAUGGCUAGCUAAUCAUAAAAGAACCUUUAAAAGAUGUGUAUCUUAUCUACGAGCUCAUGGACGCUGAUCUUCACCAGAUUAUUUAAGUCUUCUGAAGUGCUUAGUAAUGUCAAUACUUCUUGUUUCAGGUAUGAGGUUCUGUUUUGAAUUGUUGUCGUGUUGGUUUUGUCUUCUUCUUUUUUUAGCAACUCGUGUUGGUUUUGUCUUACUGCUUUUUUUGUUUCUUUUUGUGUAGUUACAUCGAGGGCUUAAGUAUAUUCAUUCAGCCAACUUUCUCCAUCGGGAUUUGAAACCAGGUAACCCCCUUGUGAACGCAAACUACGACUUAAAGAUAUGUGACUUUCCAAAAAAAAAAAAAGAUAUGUGACUUUCAAAAUUUAGCAAAAAAAAAAAAGAAUUAUAUGUGACUGGUCUUCCGCGCACCCUAAAGCUAACAAAUACAUAGAAUCAUUACCUUACUCACAGGCGAUAUCAUUCUCACGUCUUUACCCGAAUUCGCAUGUUCUAGCAUUGAUCUGCUUCAGAAGUCAGAAGAUGCUCGUUCUUGACCCGCCUAAGAGGAUUAGUGUCACGGAAGGGCUUCAGCAUCCUUACUUUGCACCUUUAUAUGACCCGAGUUCAAAUCCUUCUGCUCAAGUUCCUAUUGAUCUUGAUGUAGAUGAAGACCAGGAUUUGGGGGCAUUUUUUUUUAAAUCGGUUUUGAAAGCUUAAUGUACUGUCUGUAUCUUUCAAAACACUAUAUUUAUACGUGUACACAAAAUCAUUUACCCGAAAUUCAAAUUAAUAGUAAAUGAUGUUAAUGGUUAUGACAAAUGGGUAUAGACUUCUAUAGAAUAUUAUAAAAAAAAUAAUUCAUUUUACAAUAUUUAUAAAAGUCUUACGAUAUAAUUAUCAAGUAGUUAUGAAACAUGAAAAAGGUUAAGAAUAAACAAAAUUUUAUAAAGUGGAAAAAUAAAGUUUAUAAUCUAGUUUAUAGAAAAUGUAUGUUUAGAAAAAAUAUAGUUGUAUUCUGGAAACUAUGCUAAUUUUCAAAGUUUUCCGUUCUAUAAGCUGUUUUAUUAUGGAAAAAUGAUUGUCACCUACAUAAACGAUACAACACUACAUGGUAUUAUGUGUUAUAGUGUUAACAUCAUCAACAUCAUUAUGAUAGUUAAAUAAUGUGUUAGAAUCUAACAACUUCUAAUGACAAUUUGACAUAUUUUAGCAAGUUCUUGGUUGUAUAACUUUGCAUUUGAAUGCUUUUUCUAUGUAUUUAUUUUAGUUUUUGAUAUUUUGCUUGUGUAUUAUGAUAAACUCUUUAGCUAUCAAAAAGAAUUUGGUUAAUAAACUUUUUUUAUCAGAUAUUGGUGGAUGCAAAUCUGACACAAUUUUUAGCUAUCAAAAAGAAUUUUAUGGUGGUGGUAAAACAUAACACACAAUAGUUCAGGGAUAUUGUUAUAUGAAUCAUAUAGUUCAUGUAAUUUUUUAUGCUUAAUUUUUGUUCAGAUGUAUAAGUAUAUAGUGGUGCAUCAUUCGUUUAGCUGAUAAUUUUUUUAAUUAUUAGUAUCCUAUUUUGUAUGAUAUGAUUAGGGGAUUAUAUUUCUAUGAACAGUGUGUGAAUAAGAAUCUUUUACUUUUCUAGAUAUAUAGGAGUGCGCCAAGAAGUUAAAUGAAUUCAUGAUAACUUACGAUUUCAAGACUUGACCUGGUCUUCUAGAAUAUGUAUCUAUUUUUUCAGAUUUUUUUUAUUAACCUGAAGUAUUCCUGAUUUUUAAAAAGAUUUAGAUUAAUCUUAAAAAACAUGUACCUCACCUUUGAAAUAUUCAAAUAAGAUCUAAAAUAUGAUUUUAUAUCUGCAUGACAAUACAUAGCCAUAUAAUUACUAAGCAUUUUACUUUGUAAAUAUAUCCUCUCAUUUACUCUGAUGUGCUCUGCAAUAAUACCACUUACGAGAUAUAGUUAUCCAAAAACUGUUAUGGAAAUUGUAACUGUUUAUACUUUAGGUGAUAGAAAAUUUACAUUUUUAUAUUUUUAAUUUUCUACUAACUUCAAUUACUCUAUAUUUUCUAAAAAUAUAACAUUAUUUUACCUGUAAAAAUUUAAUAUCAACUAUAUUUCCAAAAGAUUGAUAUUUUUGAGAAUAUCAAAAAUAUCAUUUUACAUCUUCAUGCAUCUUUUGUUAUAAUAAAUUAUGAACUCAAAAUUAUACAGAAAUUUGUAUAUUGACUUUUGCCAACUUUUUGUUAAAUUUCACAAAAUAGUGUAUUUAUAAUCAAAAUUAUUAUAUUUUUAGUAUAUGUGAACACUAAAUUAUAGUACAUAUUUUAAAAACUAAAAUGUAUAUAUCAUUAAACUCUCAAAUACUAAAAUUACCUUGGAUACAGAAAGAAAGAAAAAAAAGUAAUGUGGUCAGUAUCUAUUUGUCUCAUCUAUAAAGGAUCAUAGUCAUUGUUUCAGUGGUCCAUAGUUCGAGUAACCGAUAAAACAAAACUAAUAUAAAUGUUGUAAUUUUGGACUUUGAAAAAUUACAGAAUUUGGCUAUGAAUCUCCUUAUAUUCAAAAACAAAAUUGGGAUGUAGUCCGCAACAACUAAUAUCAGGAUAGGAGCAGCAGCAACCUUAUUCAUUUCUCAUUAAAUGAGGUUAACUAAUGUAGUUAUCACUAAACACGGAGUGGCUGCGCUUGAUAUUAAACAAAAAACGUACUUAGUGAACAAAAUAAUACCUUAUUAUCACAUGCACAUUAAAUGAUCAAGAACAUUAACUAAAAUGAUACAUAUGAAUAGUAGUAAUAAUUUAACAAACAAUAAAUUUGCAAAACAUUAUUAUUUUUUAUUAUAAAAUCAUAUAUGGAUUCCAAAGACUUUCUACUCAAAAACUAAUCACACAAGACAUUACAUCCGGAUACGUGUAGAUGAUUAAAUUCAUUUAAAUCGUGGUUAGGCAGGUAAUGAUACUCGAACUCAAGGCAUAAGCUUCAGUUGUAACUCCUUUAAUUAACAUGGUUUAUAUGAAAAUUACCAAUUGCUAAAUAUUUUUAUAAUAUAUAAUAAAAUUAAUAUAUAAAAGAUCAACAGUUUAUAUUUUUGAAAUAUCUUUCAAAACAUUUUCAAAUUUUCAAAUUGGAUGGAGUAUAUAGAAUUCUAGGCUACAAACCUUCCCUUCAAAUGCAUAUUCAUCAAACAGAACCAAAAAAAAUCACAUAUAUACAUCAAAUAAGUUGCCCAAAUAUUGUUAUAUAUCUAUCCCAUUAUAAAUACUUUGUAAACAGCUUCCCGUUAGAUUUUGGCUUAGAUUUUGCUUUUCUGAAGCCAAAAUAUAGUUAGGAGUUUUACAAAAAAAAAAAAAAAACAAAAUAUAGUUAGGAGGGGCAACCAAAAUAUUUUACUAUCCGUUUGGAAAUUUGUGAGAAAACGACUUUUUUAUUAUCUUCUGCCGCAAGAAAGUCAAUCAAUAAGACCAACUGAUUAAUACACAUAUGCGAUGAUGUAACCUUUUGAUCCUAGAAACUUCUUGUAUUCAUCAAAAUUCCUUUUAAAAGAAUAUAAAAAUUCUGAGACCAAGAGGUUUGACCAGUUAUAACCCGGUUAUAACGCUUUAUUUCAUCAGACCGUGUCAAAUCCUUUAAUCCAAUUUUUAAAUAUUUUAGAAACGAUUUUCUUUCCUAUCAUUACACAAAUAUUCUUGUCGCGUCAAGACUUAUAAUUUUUUUUAUUACAAAUCUUGUACUAUAUUAAUAGCAAGGUCGUCUCUCUUGUCUGUAAAUCAAAUCCUUCCUAACCAAAAAUAAAGCAAACAAAAACCCAUUGAAACUCUCCUAAUCCCGCAAGAACAACACAAGAUAAGAGAAACCAAAGGAUCAUCAACUAAAAAAGAAAUGACCAGCCCAUUUAGAUCUUCAUGUUCUUUGCCAAGAAAAGCGAGCAAGAACCCUUAUUCAAAUCGUGGACUUGACAAAUUCUCUAAGCUUCUCUCAGAGCUCGACCAGAAGAGGCAGAGCAUCUACUCCAAGAAGCUAGAUUCUGGAGGCCCGCCUCUUGUCCGAUUCGUGUUCACAAGCUCCGGCGAGUGUGUCCCCGUCGUGAUCAGAUCAUCUUACCUUCAUAAACAAAAGAAGAUCAAAGAUGUUGCUCCUGCUGCUGCUAAAGUCAAAACAGUGGUCAACGAAUCAAAAACCGAGGAAACGAAGAAAACAGAGCUUGAAACAGAGGAGAAACAUAACUGCGUUUUGAACGAGAAUCUGAAGAAGAUCACGAGACCGAACCGGUUCUUGCCCGUGACUGUGAUAUUGGUUCUUGUUUUAUUGGUUUUCUUUGGAAGAUCUGUUGCGAUUACGUUCACCUGUAUUGCUUGGUACUUGGUUCCAACGAUCAAGGAAAAGAGCGGAUCUUCCUCACACGCGAUGAAGAAGAAAGAUUUCGCUAGGAAAUUGAGUAUUGAAAACAGAGCAUCGUUCAAUCCAAGAACUGUACGUCAUCAUUAUCCUAGCAAGUAGAAUUUUCGUUUUCUGGCUGCUCGUGAGAAUACUGCGUGACCGAGCAAAUACGUUCUUGAUUUAUUUUCUUGUUACGUUUUGUUUCUUGUCUGUUACUUUCAUAGUUGUUAAUUUUCAUACAGCUGAAUUAGCAGAAAAUUAUGUAUUUUUUUCUCUUCUUUAGAUCUCAAAUGUUUAUAGGUGUAAAUAUGCAAUAGGACAAUGUUCUUGGUUGGUGGUUACAUAUUAUCUACUGCCUACUGGAAACAUAUCGUGAACAUCUAUAUCAAAAAUAGUGUAAUAACUCAAGAAACUGGUGAUGAUAAUAUUUUUAAAAUAAUCGUAAUUGUCUACUUUCUUUAGAUUUUUCUUAAAUGUAAAAUAUAUUCAAUCAGAAAAACGUUUUACAUCAAAUGCAUCAUUAGAUUAAAAAAAUGCAUCAUUAGAUGGAGCUUUGAAGUUUUUAGUAAUUACAUAAUUAUAAUACUCAUGCAUAUUUAUCGGAUUACGAUUUUUUUUUAACUCUGAGUUAUUAGAAUAUUACAAUUAUGAUAUGAGAAAUAUUACAUAGACGAUUCGACAACCGACAAUACUACAUGUCUUAUGAAGAUCUACGCCUAACUGUAUCACAUGUGGCAUCCUAUGAAAAUCCACGUCUUACAAGAUGUAUUUGCACCAUGUUAAAGAUCCCUUGUAAAUCUUUCUUCCGUAAAUCUACAUAAUUGUUUAAUAAAUCACUCUUUCUAGGACUUGAAACCGGAUUACGAUUUAGUGUGUUCUUGGCUGCUGUGUUAUCUACUGCUAGGUAGUUUCGUCGGUGAGGUUGUCUACAAUUUUACUUUGACUUUUGUGAUUUUUCUCAAGUUUUGUUUUGAGUUUCCUGAUAGUUUGUAUGAUCUACAUUUUUUUUCCUUAAAUAGUGCCAGGAGCCACUACAGCGUAACAUUUAAUUUACAAGAAUUUGCAAAUUCAUUAUUUUGUUUAAACUCAAGUAGUAAUUAUAUAUGGUUAGGAGCACCGAACACACGAUAAUAUAGUACUGACUAGGCCACUAGCGUGGGUUGUAGUUAAAUAGUUUGUGAUCUUGAAGUAGAUUUAGAAAUCACACUAAUUAUUGAACCUUAGACAUAUAAAUUAAACAUAAAACAAUAUUGUUCAUUAAGGAGAAUUUUGAUAGUUUUUAUCAAUUUAUUUUAGUGGAUAGACAUAAGAUAAGUUUGUGA